AUGAACAAACGAUUGAUUGUGGAAAAUGCACUUUUACCUUCUUUAUAUGAUAAUAAAAACUUAGAAAUAAGAUUAUCUUAUUGGAAACCUGAUACCAAUUAUAAUGAUAAUAACAUUGACAUUGGUCAAAAUUCACAGACUGUUAAAGGUGUUACUAUUUCACAUCCUUAUGGACCUUUAGGAGGAGAUUUUCACAACAAUGUUGUAAGAACUGUUGAAGAUUUCUUUCUUAGAAAAGGCUAUCUUACCAUUGCUUUUAAUUUCAGAGGUUCCGGAAAAUCAGCUGGUAGAACAAGCUGGUCUGGUGAGCCAGAAUGUUACGAUUACAAAACAAUUGUAGAAUUUUUAUUGAAUUCAGGGAAACUUGGAAAUAAAAGUAUUAUGUCUAUACCAAAAAUUUCUGAGCUAACAAUAAUUGGAUAUAGUUAUGCAAUAGCUGUUGGGCCCAAAGUUUUAUUUGUUUAUGGUGAUUCUGAUCAAUUUACUAAUGUUGGCAAGUACAGAAGGUGGAUACAAGAAAAUAAAUUAUUGGAAAAUAAGAAUUGGACAGUGAAAGAAUUGACAGAUGUUGACCAUUUUUUUGCUUCACAAAGAAUGGAAGAUGAAUUAGUUGGAGCAAUUGAUGAAUGGAUCGAAAAAAAAAAUUGA